ACAGUUCCUCUUAGGCAGCGACACGGUUAAUCAGCUCUCUUUAAGGCGUGAUAAGCUAAUCGUCAAAAUUUGUACAAUGCCGCGUGUUUCCUUGAGUUUACUCUGCAGUCUGUUGUUCUUGGCGUUGUUUUCUCCCAAUCAAGCUUCAGCGAAGUCAGGGAGCAAGGCAACUAAGCCACUCGAUACGAAGAAGUGUAACAAUAUAUAUUUCUACGAAGCACCAAACAAGAGGAUUGAAACAAUGCUGGAGGGCCUGAAGAAACAACUCACUCUCGUGCAAAAUGACAUAAAAUUUCUCAAAGAAAAAAAGAUACCGAAAGUCAAGAAGAACUGCGCUGAACUGUACAAAUGUGGUCACAGAGUCAGCGGUAUUUAUAAAAUCGAUCCUGAUGGUUCAGGCGCCUUUGAUGUGUAUUGUGACCAAACAACAAGCGGUGGAGGGUGGACAGUGUUCCAAAAGAGACUGGAUGGCUCCGUUAAUUUCUACCGCGGCUGGGCCGACUACAAGAAUGGCUUCGGAAAUCUGAAGGGUGAGUUUUGGCUGGGGCUUGAUAAGCUACACCGCCUGACAAAAACAAAGAACAAGCUUCGAGUCGAUCUAGAAGAUACUACAGGUAAAACUGCUUAUGCCGAUUACGACUUGUUUGCGGUGACAAGCGAGAGGACUAAGUACCAGUUGAGUCUUGGAACCUACUCUGGCACUGCAGGUAAUUCCCUCUCUGGGCAUCGUGGUCUCCCCUUCUCAACCAAAGAUCAGGACAAUGACACCUGGGGCAAAAACUGUGCUGUGACCUUUAAAGGAGCCUGGUGGUACAGUCACUGUCAUAGCUCAAACUUGAACGGUGUUUAUCAUCAUGGGAAGCACUCAUCUUUUGCUGAUGGAGUCAAUUGGUACGACUGGAAAGGACAGCACUACUCCGCUAAGAGAGCUGAGAUGAAAAUCAGACCAGUAAAGUUUUAAAUCUUGCCGCAGUUUGCCUUCUUUGAACCAAGACAAAAUAAAAGUAGAAAAAAAAAAUGUUAAGUGCAUUUAUAAGUAACUGACAACCUCGUUCCCAGGGCCUUUUCCCUGUGUUGGCAAGCUUAAGGGUUUGUCUUUAUUACUUAUUUGGAGGUAAACUCGCCUAUGUAGAGUGA